AUGCCGGCCGCGGCCGAAACCAACCGGGGGUUCACCUCGCUGAACGAGGAUGACUGGAAACGCACAGCCAACGAAGAUGACGAGGCCAUCAUGAGCCUGCUCAGUGGGAGCCAGCAGGGCACCGAGGGUGGCGGGCUCCCGGCGGACCUGCUGAACAUCAAGUUCAGCCAGGAAGGCAAAGCGGACGACGCCGAAGACUUUGAGGACAUAAGCGACGACGACCUCCCCGAAGAAGAGGAAACGAGCGGUGCGUCAGCAGAGGUGCCAGGCCUGACAGACGAUGCGGGCACGAGCCACGAGACGGACGAUUUGUUCGGCGACGACCUGGGCUCGCCCAUGCAAGAGGAUGGCGACUUGCAGACAUCGCCUGGGCCGGACGGAGACGGCGCCAGGCAAGACCAGACAGGCGCGACGGCUGCCGGCGCGAAAGCCAAUGCAGACGCCAUGGACGACAGCAGAAGCGACCAGGCCGCCGGGCGCUCGCCCUCUCCCUCGGCAAACGACCCCUACACGGUUACCGACAGCGAUCGCGCGCUCAACUUCCCCGAAGACUACGGCCACGACUCGACAAACCAGGACCCCAACAUCCCCCCCGUUGCCGAAAACCUCAUGGACCUUGUCAAGAUGGCGUUCCCAUCCUUUGAAAAGGGCAAGAUUCUCGACUUCAACGAGCAGCUGGCGCCGAAGCCGCUGUACCUCACCGAAAAGAAGCCUGCGAAGCCGCCGAAGCCACUGGUUCCCACGAAGCUCAGCCUCGAAUUUGAGCCCGACCAGGAGAAGCUGUUCCGUAUCCCAGGCACCGCACAAGCCACCAUCCAGCAGCGGGUCAACGACGCUACGGCGCGGGGGUUCGUCUCUCUGCUGCAGCCCGAGGCACAGGACCAGGACAAUGGCAACAUCUUCCGCGACCCCUUUGGGGACGAGGACGACGACGAGAAUACCCCUGUUGGUGGCUUCCUUCUUAAGGAUUUUGCUAUUGCCUGUGCCGAUUGGGACGACGUCAACGGCUUGCCGACACCGCCGCCGGACGACAACUCACCCUCCAUGGCAGUGACGAAAACGGAGAAGCACAAACGGGCGGCGGACUCGGACGAACAAGACGAAUGGGAGCGCGAGAUCCUGGGAUCAGCAGGGCCGGUCCAGCCGAAGCGGCGGAAGGUGAUUGCCGAGCCUGGCUUGCCUGUGCUGCCUCGCUAUGUUGCGCCCAGCUUCGAUGCCUACCAAGAGGCCACGGCGCGCGCGGCGAAGCGUGUGUACUUGGAUAUGGCCGACUACCGGCUUUUGCUGGACGACGGGGAGAGCGACCGUGAUCCGAAGCGCCAGAAGAUCACAGCACAGAAACGCCUGCCAAACGGGCGACUGGUGCGCCCCCUUGCGUCGCGCUUCAACUACUCCAACGACCAAGCCUACGAGCAGCUCAAGGAGAACCACCAGCACCGCGUGCGGGCGCAGCACAGCAACAUCCAGGUAGAGCACAGUCUGCCAGCGCUGAAGCUGCUGUGGCCGUACUAUGCCAUCACGCGGUAUGGUCCGGAGCCGCAUGACUAUCACCGGCCGCAGCUCAAGGUCAACAAGGGCAUGGGAUUCUCUGUGCACAUGACGCGGCUGCGCAAGGUGGCCAAACGGGAGUGGAAGCACAAAAAGGUGCAGGAGACGUUUGCGCGGUCCAAGGACCUCUCGCUCGGCGACAACGCAACGGCGGUGCUUUUCGAGUACUGCGAGGAAAUCCCGACGGUGCUCUCCAACUUUGGCAUGGGCAACAAGAUCAUCAACUACUACCGCCGCAAGUCCAAGGGCGACGAGGAAAAGCCGGCCAAGCCCGAGCUGGGCGAGCUGUCCUUCCUCCUGCCCGAGGACAAGUCGCCGUUCUCCAACUUUGGCUCCGUCGACCCAGGCGAGAUGGUGCCCACGCUGCACAACCCCAUGUCGCAUGCGCCCAUCUUCAAGCACCAGCCGCGGUCGACCGACUUCUUGUUCGGCCGCACGCACACCAGCCAGGACGGCACGAACUACUACCUGCGCAAGAUUGACCAGCUGUUUGUCGUCGGCCAGACGUUCCCGCUGGCAGAGGUGCCCGGCCCGCAUUCUCGCAAAGUCACGGCGCUCAGCAAGAACCGGCUCAAGAUGGUGGCGUACCGGAUGAUUGCGCGCAACGGGUCUGUGUCGCUGUCGGACAUUACGGCGCACGUCAAGGACUCCAACGACGCCCAGAACCGGCAGAAGCUCAAGGAAUUCUUGCACUACGACAAGGAGACCAAGACGUGGGGGCUCAAGGCCAACGACGCGCCGAUGGACCUGGCGACGAUCAACAGCAUGAUCAAGCCGGACGAGGUCUGCCUGCACGAUGCGAUGCAGGUGGGCCAGAACGAGCUAUCGCAAAACGGCUACCAGCUCGACGACAGUGCGGCUCUGGACGACGUGGACGACGAGAACGACAAGGAGAGCCUGGCCAUGAACAUGGUGCCGUGGAAGACGACCAAGUCGUUUAUCGAUGCGUGUGCAGGCAAGGCGAUGCUGCAGCUGCACGGCGCGGGCGACCCGACGGGCCGCGGCCUGGGCUUCAGCUUCAUCCGGACGUCCAUGAAGGGUGGCUUUAUGGGGGCCAUCCACGGCCCUGCGGCCACCUCCGCCGAUGCUAUGGAGCGCGAGCGGAAGGCCAACAACGGGCACAUGUACAACGUCAAGAAGCAGGAGGCCCUGUACAACGACGCGAUCCGCAAGAUCUGGGCGUCGCAGCGCGCCACGCUCGAGGACGACACGGCGCACGACGACGAGGACGUGCAGCCGCAAGACGACGAGGACGACCGUUUCAACGCUGCCAAGGAGGCACCGACGCCGGUGGCGGCGGCGGCGGCAGCAGCAGCGGCGGCCCAUGUGCAUGCAGACGACAGCGUCAGCCAGCUGAGCAAGCCCAGUAUGUCGGUUGCGCCCGAGAAGCGAAAGCUGCGCAUUGUGCGGACAUACCGCGACCCAAAGACUGGCCAGUCGUACACCAAGACAGAGAUUGUGCACGACGCCGGCGUCAUUGCACAGUACAUGCGGCAGCGGGCGUCCCUCGACAUGGAAAAGAUUGACCCUUACUCAGUCAAGCCGACGGGCAACCAAGAUUACGAUCGCGUCCUCAUGCAACGCCUCGAGACCGAAGAGGCACGUCUCAAUCGCAACAAGGAGCGCCGGCACGCACGCGAGAAGCAAAAGGCUCUCCAGCAGCAGAUCCACGACGGCGACCCAGACUCGCCUGCGCCGUCUGUCGAGCGUGGCGGCACGACGCGAAAGUGCGCCAACUGCGGCCUCCAGGGCCACAUCAAGACGAACAAGAAACUCUGUCCAAUGCUCAAUGGACAAUGGAAGACCGACAAGACUGCCGAGGAGGGCGGUUUUGGCGUCUACAAUGCGCCAGACGGCCUCUCCGGGCCGGCUUAG